AUGGACUCGCGCGAUCUCAGUGCCUGGCAGAUGUUGCCUGCAGGGCCUCCGCCGCCAGGAGUCAAGUCGAACUUCGUGGAUCCCCCAAGCCUUGCUAUGCCGAUAGUCAUUGUGAAUGGGAUCUCUCUGGCUCUUAUGUUGGCUGCAGUGAUAGCCAGGUUCCUUGCAAAGGGCCUGUAUUCCAAACUGAGAUGGGAUUUGUCUGAUGCUGUCGACAUUAUAUACAUUGUGACGAGUUUCUUUAUCAAGAUUUCAAUUCUCCUGCUCCUGGAGCAGCUGUUCUAUGUCAUCAGGCACCUUCGCCAGGUGAUUUACAUCGGUUUAGCCGUCAUAUCGACCGUUACCGUCCCCUAUCUCACCGUCUCUAUCAUUCGUGUCUCCCAAUGCAAUGGUUUCAAGGCUAUAGGGAUCACGAUAUGCAACAGCAAAGCUGUGGGCACGACGAACCUCGUCUUUGGGCCGUGGAAUGUGCUUAGCGAUUUUUACAUCCUUGCCAUCCCCAUCAGUCAGAUUCAGCAGCUGAAGAUGCCAUAUAGGAGGAAGAUAGGGGUCACGGCCAUCUUCCUGACGGGUUUUAUUGCUUGUUCGAUGAGUAUAGUCCGGCUGGUUAUCAUUAUAGCCAAGUUCAACAAGAAAGACCCAAUAUACACUGGCGCCUCUUUGUCUCCCUACAGGUUCGUUGGUCCUUUUACAUGA